AUGGGUCAGCAUAAUGAGAUGAUAAACGAAGAAAGGAUUGAAAUUGCAUUAAUAAAUUCUGAUUACGCAACGGAUUACCCGUAUUCACCAGAUACUCCUGAGGAACACAUUGAAGACGAAACCAACAACGCUCAGGCUGAUCCCCUCGAGGAGCACAUUGAAGACGAAACCAAUAAUACUUGGGCUGAUCCUGCUAACAUUGAAGCCAAUUUUGAUCCAAUCGACGUAGAGGUUGUUGAUCUCCUCAAGGAGCACAUUGAAGACGAAACCAAUAACGCUCUGGCUGAUCCUGCUAUCGUUGAAGCCAAUUUUGAUCCAAUCGACGUAGAGGUUGUUGAUCCCCUCGAGGAGCACAUUGAAGACGAAACCAACAACGCUCAGGCUGAUCCUGCCAUUGUUGGAGCCAAUUUUGAUCAAAUCGACGUAGAGGUUGUUGAUCAAAUAAUCGAUACACAAGAUAACCAGGUUGAUGUGAUGGAUGAUGAAUCAGAAUUCGAAAAUAUUAUACUGGCAAGCGUAAAUGUUUGCUGCAUUUGUCGGCAAACUGCUCCAAUAUUUUGCUUUUUACCGUGUGGGCAUUUAAACAUUUGCACUGAAUGCAAAAAUCAUUAUUGUCAGCAAAAUAACACUUGUCCAAUGUGCCGAACGCCAUACACCUCUGUCGAUAGAAUUUUUUAUUAAGAAAGACUAGCCAUACAGAUAUAUCUGUAAAACUUUUUUUAUUAAAACAAAAAGUAAAUAUAAAUUCUGUGGAAGAAAGGCAUAACAGCAUAACUGACAUUUUUAUCAAAUUUGAGAAAACAUUAGAUUUGUAUAUAUUUAAUAUUGCUCUUCAAAGUUCAAUAGCUGAAAAAUCAUUAAAAUAGUAAUUAAUGUAGAAAAUAAUGGAAAACAUAAUCGCAUAAUUGCGUUUUUGACAAAAGGAGACCAGCAUAAUAACAUAACUGCAUUCAGCUUAAAAAACAAUUGACAUAAUUAAAAAUGAAAAUAACCUUUAUGAAUAAAAACAAUAAGAAUUUUGUAAUAAAAUGUUUUUAGUAAAAUACAUUUUUCGUACUUUAAAUUAAAUAUAUUUAUUUUA